AUGGCACUGAUGGAGAAUAUUUCAGAGGUGACUGAGUUUAUUCUUGUAGGCUUAACAGAUGCCCUAGAGCUGCAGGUCCCUUUAUUUAUGUUCUGCUCUGUCCUUUACCUCUUCACUCUGGUUGGUAACCUUGGGAUGAUCGCAUUGAUUGUGCUGGACUCCCGACUCCACACGCCCAUGUACUUUCUCCUCUGCAACCUCUCCCUCGUAGACUGUGUUUAUGCCUCGGCUGUCUCACCCAAGGUAAUGGUGGGGCUUCUCACAAGAGAUAAGAUCAUCUCCUACAAUGCAUGCGCUUCCCAGAUGUUCUUCUUUGCAGCUUUUGCCACUGCUGAAAGUUUCCUGCUGGCCUCCAUGGCCUAUGACCGCUAUGCAGCAGUGUGCAAACCCCUGCACUACACGUCCACCAUGACAACUGCGGUGUGUGUCCUACUCAUCUGUGGCUCCUACACCAGUGGACUCCUGCAGUCUUCCCUCCAUGUGGCCUUCACUUUCCACCUCUCCUUCUGCCAUUCCAAUGUGAUUAAUCACUUUUUCUGUGACAUCCCCCCACUGCUGGCUCUUUCUUGCUCUGAUAUCUAUGCCAAUGAGAUUGUGCUCUUCAUGCUGGCAGCCUUCGAUGUUUUUUUCACUCUCUUGGUUAUUCUGAACUCCUACCUAUUUAUUUUUGUUACUAUCCUGAGAAUGAGCUCAACUGAGGGACGGAAGAAGGCCUUUUCCACUUGUGCCUCCCACCUCACCACAGUCUCCAUCUUCUAUGGCACUGCCAUCUUCACAUACCUGCAGCCCAGCUCCAGGCACUCCAUGGAUAUUGGAAAAAUUUCCUCUGUGUUCUACACCAUGGUCAUCCCCAUGCUGAAUCCAUUGGUCUACAGCCUGAGGAACAAGGAGGUCAAGAGUGCGUUCAGGAAAGUUGCUAGUAAAGCCUUUAUCAGUCCUCGUUUCUGCAAUAAAGUGGAGCAACUGAGUCAUUCACUUGACAAAGCAGAACCAAAUAUCUCUGCCAAAACUCUAGCUCAGUAA